UAUGACUCCGAUCUUAAAAGAAUAAUUGCUUCCACCGUAAUGCAGUGAAAGAAAUGUGCGUGUAUUGUUAAAAAAGUGUGCUAGUUUGGCUCUUUCUUGCGUAGCCAAGUUCAUUUAAAGUUGUUAAUCGUCGAAGAUGAACGGUUUGGUUCGAGAUAUUUUAUUAUCCUUAUUAUUUUCGUUACUUUUUCGUAGUCAGGUAUCCAACCCCAAAACCAGCGUAAGUUAUAGUCAUCUCUCCCUACAUGCUUCAAAAUUCGAACGCUUCGUAUGAUUAUCGGCCUUCCCCCCCCCCGUCACUUUUUUUUUUUCGUUUUUAUCCAUCGUGGAAAUGGCAAAAAUGUUUAGCUGUUUCACGUGUUAGAGAAGUAUUCAUUAGAAGCAACUGUUUACUAACUGCAAAAAUAGCGCCAAAUGAAUUAAUACACUACGGACUACGUAUAAACCAGGAAUUCCCGCAAAAAGCCCAGAGUAUUUUUUAAACCUCGGAAUAAAUCUCUGUAUAGGAGGAAAUCUUUUUAUAGAGUUAUGCUAAAAGACACUAUUUGGUCAUUAUUCGUGUAGGUGUUUUGACGCAAUGAUGUGCGCACUAUUGCUUCUGCAGAAGUUUUUGUCAAAAGCAGAGACUCAUACCGCAACCAUUCAAUCAACAAGUGUCACAUCUGUUUGUUACCAUGAAAAUCUGCGUUGACACUAUGGACCAAUGAAACGAAGGAAUUACCAAUAUCGCUGUGUUUGUGCAAUGAACUGCAUCGCUGCGUAUUUACUGGAAGUAUCGCUAUCAAUAUUUCAUUCUGGAAACAAUGCCUGUUGGGGAACAACGGGGAAGCUCCGGAAGGUGGAGUGGCAAACAGUUUAUUUUGCCAAAGAAGAGCGUAAAGCAGGAAGUACGCGAUUUACAACAGCGAGGGUCAGGGAACAAUGAUAGCAGCUCGAACGGGUCCACUAUGGCCUGUCCAAGGAUCAAGGAAGGGCAGACCAUAUGGCAAAAAGCUACUUCCCUUAGACAGUCACUCCGGCAUUCUUCAAGAGCCAAAGUGAGCCACAAAUCUGGGUUGGAAUUUACUAAUUUAUCACCAGGGGAGAAGGCUGCGACUUUAUGCACCCCAGGCUCUACAACUAAAUCUGAGCAGCCUCAAAUCCGCCGUGAAUGGGGAUCCCAAAGAAAUUUAGCAAGAGAACGCCGGAGUCUGGCUGCGAAACUGGUGGCCAAUGAUGAAUUAACAGCUGCUAAAAGAAGUCUUCAUUCUCGGUCUCUGUGCAUGUCUGGAGAUUGGGACGUGGCAUCUGCCGUUGAUCAAGAUGAGCAUCCCUUGAAUACAAAGCAGCCGAGAUCCCCUAGAAAGCUGACAAAAGAUUCAGGUUACGAAACAAGCGCCCAGUGUGAUCCAGAUUAUGCUAAUUCCACAUGUGAUUGGUUGUCUGAAGAGAAAAUCUCUGAUCAUUGCGGGACUACGAAAACGUGGGGCAUAACUUCUGAUAAGAAGGAAAAUCCUCCAAGAGAUCCCAGAGGCAGCAAAAAUAAUGAUGAAAGGUAAG